UCGAAGUGUAACUAUAAGAUAUACUCACAGAAUGUCUACUAUGUCGAGGUCAGUUCAUAUCAGCCAGCAAAAGCUGGCUGAAAAGCUUAUAAUUCUGAAUGAUCGCGGCAUCGGUAUGUUGACAAGAAUUUACAAUAUUAAAAAGGCUUGUGGAGAUGCCAAGUCAAAACCUGCAUUUUUAUCUGACAAAACAUUGGAAUCAUCCAUUAAGCACAUUGUGAGAAGGUUUCCAAACAUAGAUGUGAAGGGUCUCCAAGCAAUAACCAAUAUCCGAAAUGAAAUCAUUAAAUCACUUUCUUUGUACUACUAUACAUUUGUAGAUCUACUAGAUUUCAAAGACAAUGUGUGUGAGCUCUUAAACAUAAUGGAUGCUUGUCAGUUAACUCUGGAUUUGACAUUAAACUUUGAAUUAACAAAGAAUUACCUAGACCUGGUCACAACUUAUGUAUCUUUAAUGAUAUUGCUCUCCCGAGUAGAGGAUAGAAAAGCAGUGCUAGGACUAUUUAAUGCAGCUCAUGAAAUGGUUAGUAAUCAAAUGGAUUCCAGUUUCCCUCGCUUAGGCCAAAUGAUUGUUGAUUAUGAUACACCACUAAAGAAGCUCUCAGAAGAGUUUGUUCCACAUCAGAAAGUACUAUCAAGUGCUUUGAAUUCAUUGUGGCAUGUAUAUCCAGCAAGAAAUCUCACAGCAGAACAUUGGAGAUCAGAGCAAAAAUUGAGUUUAGUUAGUAAUCCCACACUGCUUUUAAAACCCUCAGAGACUAAUACAAUGUCAUGUGAAUAUGUCUCUUUAGAGUCACUGGAGAGAUGGGUCAUAUUUGGUUUUGCAUUAUGUCAUCAAAUGUUGCAACAAGACCAUGCUAAUAAGAUGUGGGUCAGUGCCCUGGAGUCUGGCUGGGUUGUGGCUUUAUUCCGUGAUGAAGUUAUCUACAUACACACUUAUAUUCAAAGUUUCUUUGAUGGUAUCAAAGGAUAUGGAAAGCGUAUUUCUGAAGUGAAAGAUUGCUAUCACCAUUCUGUGCAAAAAGCUGGAUACAAACAUAGAGAAAGACGAAAGUUUUUAAGAACGGCCUUGAAAGAAUUGGGACUAAUUUUAACUGAUCAACCUGGAUUAUUAGGACCUAAAGCAUUAUUGAUAUUUAUAGGUUUGUGUUAUGCAAGGGAUGAAGUGUUUUGGCUACUUCGCCAUAAUGAUAAUCCUCCACAAAAAGUCAAAGGAAAAUCUACUGAAGAUUUGGUAGAUCGUCAAUUACCAGAGCUUUUGUUUCACAUGGAGGAACUCCGAGCUCUUGUGCGGAAAUAUAGCCAAGUCAUGCAAAGAUAUUAUGUUCAGUAUUUAUCUGGGUUUGAUGCAGUAGCACUAAAUCUCAUGAUACAAAAUUUGCAAGUUUGCCCAGAAGAUGAAAGUGUCAUCUUGUCUUCACUUUGCAAUACUGCGGCUAAUUUGAGUGUAAAACAAGUAGAAAGUAAUGAACUUUUUGACUUUCGAGCAUUUCGUUUGGAUUGGUUUAGAUUACAAGCAUAUACAUCUGUUGCUAAAGCACAGUUGAAUUUGGUAGAUCAAAGAGAGUUGUCACAAUUUAUCGACAAAAUGGUAUUUCACACAAAAAUGGUGGAUAAUCUUGAUGAGAUUAUGGUAGAAACAUCAGACUUAUCUCUAUUCUGUUUUUACAGCAAAAUAUUUGAAAGUCAAUUUCAUCUGUGCUUGGAGUUUCCAGCUCAAAAUCGUUACAUUAUUGCAUUUCCACUUAUUUGCAGUCACUUCCAAAAUUGCACCCAUGAGCUUUGUCCAGAAGAAAGACACCAUAUCAGAGAGCGAAGUCUUUCUGUAGUUAAUAUUUUCUUGGAUGAAAUGGCAAAAGAAGCAAAGAAUAUCAUAACAACAAUUUGUGAUGAACAAUGCACAAUGAGUGAUAAAUUGCUUCCUAAACAUUGUGCACAAACAAUUGCCCAUCUAGCAAACAGAAAGAAAAAAGAUAAAAGUAAGAAGAAUCCAAUAGAAAUAAUUAAACCAGGAGCUGAAAGUUACAGAAAGACUAGAGAAGAAUUGACUACAAUGGACAAACUUCAUAUGGCAUUAACUGAACUGUGUUUUGCUAUUAAUUAUUGUUCAACUGUAAAUGUUUGGGAAUACACUUUUGCUCCUCGUGAAUAUUUACAUCAACAUUUAGAAACUAGAUUCUCAAAAGCAUUAGUUGGAAUGGUUAUGUUUAAUCAGGAUACAAGUGAAAUUGCUAAACCAUCAGAAUUGUUAGUCAGUGUGAGAGCAUACAUGAAUGUUCUUCAGACUGUUGAAAAUUAUGUGCACAUUGAUAUCACUAGGGUUUUUAACAAUUGCCUACUACAGCAAACACAGAACAUGGAUAGCCACGGUGAAAAAACCAUUGCUUCACUGUACACUCAAUGGUACUCUGAAAUUUUACUUAGACGAGUCAGUGCUGGCAGUAUUUGCUUUUCUAUGAACCAGAAAGCUUUUGUAAGCCUAUCGGCUGAAGGUGCUAUACCUUUUAAUGCAGAAGAAUAUUCGGAUAUUAAUGAACUACGAGCUCUAGCAGAGUUGGUAGGACCAUACGGCAUGAAAUUAUUAAGUGAAACAUUAAUGUGGCACAUAGCGAGUCAAGUUCAAGAGCUGAAAAAGUUAGUGGUGCAAAAUAAAGAAGUUUUGCUGAUGCUACGGACUAAUUUUGACAAACCAGAGAUAAUGAGAGAGCAAUUCAAGAGGCUACAACAUGUUGACAAUGUUUUACAAAGAAUGACCAUUAUUGGCGUUAUUUUAAGUUUCCGUCAAAUUGCACAAGAAUCAUUACUUGAUGUUCUGGAACGACGCAUUCCGUUCUUAAUAAGUUCUAUUAAAGAUUUUCAGCAGCAAUUGCCAAGCGGUGACCCAACACGCGUUAUUUCGGAAAUGUGUUCUGCAGCUGGUUUAUCUUGUAAAGUGGAUCCUACACUCGCAUCAGCUCUAAAGCAACAUAAAGCUGAAUUAGAAGAAGAAGAACAUCUCAUUGUUUGUUUGCUCAUGGUGUUCGUAGCGGUUUCUCUCCCGAGACUUGCUCGCAGUGAAGGAUCAUUUUACAGACCAUCAUUAGAAGGUCAUGCGAAUAACAUACACUGUAUGGCUCCUGCUAUUAAUCAUAUAUUUGGUGCUUUAUUUACAAUUUGUGGUCAGGGCGAUAUUGAAGAUAGGAUGAAAGAGUUUUUAGCUUUGGCUUCCUCGUCACUUUUGCGUCUUGGGCAAGAAACAGAUAAAGAAGCAAUAAAAAAUCGUGAAUCUGUUUACUUGCUUCUUGACCUUAUAGUUCAAGAGUCCCCAUUCCUUACAAUGGAUCUAUUGGAAUCAUGCUUUCCUUACGUUUUAAUUAGGAAUGCUUAUCACGAAGUCUAUAAACAAGAACAAAUGUUAUUGCAUUCAUAAUUCUAGUUAUUUAAAAGACAUGAGAUAAGUUAUAGAAUUACGUCAUAAUUGUCUUUAUUGCUUAAACACAGAUUGAAAAUAG